UGAGGAGAGAUGAUUUUAAAAUGUUAUUUUAUUGAAAUAUAUUUGGGAAAUAAUAAAUUAUGUGAUUAGGUGGUUGUCUAAUAAUAAUACAUACCAAGUCUGAAAAUGCAAUUACCACCCCAUGUCUUUGAAAUGGAAGUCUCCAAGGCUUGGAACCCGGAAGCAAUUGCGGCUCUUUGGUGACGCUACAUUAGAGUGGACCAAUGAUCUAUAUAUACAUCAUUGGAGUGGAUAUGGCCCAGCCUCGUAAGUAUAAAGCGUUUUGUUUCCCUUAAAUACGAUAUAAAUAAACUUCUUAUUAAUAGUUGCCACCCCAAUUUAGUAAUAUCGUUUUAGCGGUGAUUUUGAUAUCGCCAAACUCUACAAAUGGCGCGUGCAGGUAUGUAACGACUGGACUCGAGUCCAGGCUGGAGUGACAGGACCAAUGUGGAAGCUAACGUUAGAAGGUAGCUAGGUUGUCGUAGACUCGUAGCUAACUAACUAACUAGGUAUUGCUAUACAUAUACCUUACAUGUCCAUCAUCAUAAUGACCAUUGGAUUGUAUACAAAUGUACGUUGUCUGUAUUAUGAUGUCUAGUGAGCUUGUGAAAAAUCUUAUCGCUCACGUUAGCUAGCUUUCUAGCUAACUAAGUUGGUUAAGGUAGUGAGCUGGUUCCUCUAGUUAAGAAAUUGAGUGUUCUAGUGUUAUGCAUGGGUUGCUGUGCAAUGGUUGCAUGAUCGAGACUACGAACUACUUCACUUUGACUUCACAAGUCUACACUUCUAAAAUGGGGAAAAAAAUAGUUGCAAACUUUCCUCUUACUGACCUGGCAGUAACCAUCAUGCAUGUGUCCCCACAGGUGUCUUCUGCUUGGUCCUCCUCACCGUGGCUCUCGGAGCCCAGGCUCUAACCCCAUCUCAUCACCUGUCCCUGUCAGACGUGGAGAGACUUAAGGGCCUCCUGAGCCAACCCUUCACAGACCUGGCAUCAGCAUACUACUCAAUCGUUGGUCUGAGCAAGCUUGGAGCCUCAGUUGCUGAUGAAAAUGUAAGAACAUUUGCUUCUAAUUAUUGAAGGAAAGAGGCUUGAAUGGAGUACCCAAAACAUGUAGCCUAUGGCAUGUUUAGUUACCUAGGCUGUUUUCAAUUUAGGCUAUUCACUUCCAUAAUCACCACAAUGUUUACCUAUGUGUUUUACUGUACAGUUUGUUGCCUUAUCAAAUCCUUGUUUUUUUCUUUUGCAGGAUGCCUGUCAGUUUCUGAAGGCCCAACUGGACCCAAUGAGUGUCGACUCCCUCUUCUUCGCUGCUGAGGCCAGUCAGGCCAUCUCAGACUGCGAGGUAAGUAGUCCUAUAGGGAGCUUACUUCUGUAUGACAAAAAAAUAUGUAAUUUGCACCUCCAGUAACAUAAACGGUGGCUUGCAUGGAAUUAAGACAACCUUUAUGAUGGUGGUUUUGGAUGCUCUGCCAGUGAAGUCAUCACUUGCUCUGUUUUCUCCCUCUUUUUAUGAAUUACUUGUUUAGAUACCAGUAUCCAACGAGACCCGUGACAUCCUUCUGGCAGCAGUCAGCGAGGACUCUACUGUGACACAGAUCUUCAGAGCUGUCAGUGCCCUCAGUUCCCUGGGGCUUCCUCUGGCUUCACAGGAAGUCGUCGCUGCCCUGGUCGCCCGUAUUGCCAAGGAGGACAACGUCUUGGCGUGAGUAAUACCCUCUGGCCUGGCAGAUGGAACAGACUUGCUGCUGAAUCGUUUCUUUGAUCAUUUUGGUUUCUGAACUUCAUUGUUACUUUGAGUCCUUUCAAACAAACUCUGCUUUUGAACAGAUAACGCAUUCCAAUGGCCAUUGAUCUAAAGACUUGACACCGUUUUGUCAUGGUAAAGUGACUGUUCUUUUUCUUGUCUCUCUGUACAGGAUCACCACGGCACUCCAGACUGCCACCCGUCUUUCCCAGCAGGCUGAGCUCGGAGGAAUCCUGGAGGAGAUUGAGGUGAGUUUCACAAGUCCACCAGGUGGUGCUGUGCUACAGGUUUUUUCGGGUGAAUUACUUCGCAAAGUUGCAAAUUUCUCACAUGCAAACUGGUUUCUCAAGCAGAUAUGUUGUAUUUGAACCUUUCUCUCCCUCUUAAGGAUCUGGCAGCACGAUUGGAUGACUUGGGUGGAGUGUACCUCCAGUUUGAGGAGGGACUUGAGGCGACUGCCCUCUUUGUGACAGCAGCCUACACACUGUCAGACCAUGCGGACACGGAGCCUCCUCUGAAAGAGGUAACCUGCUGUCACCAUUUAUGUGGGUGGUAGGUUUGAGGGUAGUAGAAGGAAAGCAGGUUCCAUGAGGGGCCAUGACUUUUUCCUGAUCAUGUGUUCUGUAUUAGAUCUCUGGAAUGGAACUCCAGAGUAGCUUGCUUACUUUCUCGUGUUCUUAUUUCUAUUUCUCGUGUAUUUUUUUACAAAAAAAAUUGUACUACUGAUAUUGAUUACUGCAUUGUUGGGAAAGAGCAAGCAAGAAAGGCAUUUCAGUGUACUUGUGCAAAUGACAAGAACUUGAAACCCCAGCUAUCUUAUCAGAUUACUAUAAAUGUGGAACUAAUGUGAGCUGUUAUCCCCACAGGACCAGGUGAUCCAACUGGUGAACUCUGUGUUCAGUAAGAAGUCCUGGGACUCCCGGUCUGAGGCGUUCAGCGUAGCCUGUGCUGCUGCCGCCCUCUCCAGCAACCGCUUCCACGUGCCAGUCAUCGUCAGCACCCAGGGGCCUGCCACAGUCUCCCACAGCCAGCCAAUCCUGCAUGUAGGCUCUACUCUACUACUCCAGUGUUUAUCAUCCAGUGACAUUUUAAAAAAAAAGUAUAUAAUUUGGAUGUCAUCAAUUGGAAACACAUUUGAAGGAUGUCACAUGGAUAGUGUUGUUUCUUACUUGAGCCCUAACCUUGUUGACAUGAACCCUAGUGGACCUUGAGGAGCAAAAGGUUGAGUGCCCCUGCUCUAGUCCAUCACUGGGCGUUGGUCUCCAACACAUUUUCUUUUCACUGACCAUCCAUCUGCCUCCUUGUCUUUACCCACAGCUUCUGGUGACUGACAUCCUUUCCAAUCCUCUUGCCUCAGCCAGUGUGCUGGUGGAAUCUGCUCAAGCUGUAGCCUCUAAGAGCGUCGUACUCAGCCAGGCACCUUUCUCCCUCAGAGAGUAAGUAUGAUAGACAGACAGAUUUGAAUUUGUCUGGGCAAUAAUGUUGCUAGUUGUGUAGAUUAAUAUUGAGUGUUAUAGAAUCCAAGAUUGAAUCAAAUCUUUGGAUUCAAGGAAAUGUCUCUGCUGUUCAUGUAUGUUAUUUGUAUGUCAGCGUUGCAGUUUGUAAUAAUUAUUUCCACCUGUUUUACAGUGGCAUUUUUGAACUUAACUUCAUGGCUGGCCAGCCAGCUAGUGGAUAUUACCAGUUUACUGUGGCUGUCACUGGGGACAGCCGAUUGGUUGCCAAUCAGGUUGAGGUGAGCUUGUCUUCUAUUCAGGAUACAUUUAUUGGGAAUCAUUUGGUACCCACUUAGAUUAAACAGAAUAUUCUAUAGACUAUUUGGCAGUUGUGCCAGUUUAAGGGGGGGGGGGGGCAUGGUUCACACAUUACCAAGUAUGAAAGGUCUAUAGUUUUGGAUUUGUUAUUUUGAGAAAACCAUCAAUUAGCCUAAAUGUUCUAGUUCUUGGAAGUUAAGUCAGUUGCCUCUGGCUUUUGUCAAAGGUUGGCAGUUCAUUGUGCUUGCCAUGGACGAUUAUUCCAACAAUGUAGCCUUUACAUUAGCAUACCAAACUUUUUAUGUUACUUGACCAUGUGUCAAAGCUAUUAACCUCUAGCAUUUACUUAAGCUUUCUCUGACUCACCAUAAAUGUGACAAUCACCCUGCUUCAUUUGAAUUUGCACACAAUUUAAUCAUAAGAAUUACAUUGAAUUCCUUCAUCUCUCUCUCUCUCUCUUUCUCUCCACCUGCCUUCAGCUGAAAGUGAAGGUGUCCACUGAGGUAGCCAUCACUAAUAUGGACCUGUCUGUAGUGGAUAAGGACCAGAGCAUUGGCACCAAGACAUCCAGGUCAGAGAGCCCAACCAUGUACAUGAAGACCUUUUUAAUACUGCCCUUAUGAGACCACAGAGGUUGACCCUACCCAUAGCCACACAAAAUAAAUGUAAUGUACAUCAUUUUCAUUUUCAGGGUGGACUAUCCCUUCAAGGCCAAGGGCUCCUUUACUGCAGACAGCCACCAGAACUUUGCCAUGACUUUCCAGUUAGUAGAUGUCAACACCGGAGUAGAGCUCACCCCCCACCAGGUAUUUAACUUCCUGUGUGUACAUUUUUAUGUUCAUGCUCUCAUUCUGUCAACAUUGCAUUGUGUUACACCUCUUGAGGGUAUUUUGUAAUGCUGUUUUUUGUUUAUUUCCAGACCUUUGUGAGGUUUCACAAUCAGAAAACUGGCCAGGAGGUUGUGUUUGUGGCUGAGCCUGACAGUAAGAACCUUUAUAAGUUUGAGCUGGACACAGCAGAGAGGAAGUCUGAGUUUGACUCCAUGUCUGGGACCUAUGCCCUCCACCUCAUCGUGGGAGAUGCCACCUUGGAGAACCCCAUUCUGUGGAACGUGGCUGAUGUUGUCCUGAAGUUCCUUGAUGAGGAGGCCCCAGCAGCCAUCCAGUCCAAGACCCUUUACAUGCCCAAACCAGAUAUCCAGGUUAACAACAAGCCAAACACUUGCAUAUAAUGUGACAUUGUGAUGAGUUAUAAUGUAACAAUUAGCUUUUUCUCUACUCUUGAGGCUGCUAGUCAUAGCUUGAAAUGACUGAUGAAGAUUAGAUAAAUCUAACUCUGGUGCAUUACCCAUAGUCGCUGAUAGAUAAACUAGUUAAUUGAUCAUGCCCGAGAAGCCGAUGUUUGGAGGAUAUAUUGGCACAGGUGUUUUUAGGCCCGAGACUAAGUCGAGGGCCGGCAAACCGUGCCAAUAUAUCCUCCAAACACCGGCUUCGAGGGCAUUAUCACUUUUAUACAACGGGUUACCAACAUAUUCAAAUAAUGAUUCACAUAUUUGCAUUAACAUUUUUAUUUUGAUGAAUUUAUUCAUACUAUUUCAUCCUUCCACAAGAUAUAGUUUGUUCUAUCGGUUCUGUAUCUAUGGAUGUGACCCAGUCGUUCGUUCUAAAUGUUCCAUUGCCAUACUGGCUGGCAACGUUCUUACCCCUUGCUUGCUUUACAUUCACGUCAAAAAGUGCAGCCAGAAUAACCGCAAAGUAGCCGCAUUUGCAUUUGUUUAAGCUGUUUUCUUGUGACAUUUAUUUGCACACAUCAAUAACAAUGGGCUAAUGAGGCGCAAUUUUGCCUGGCAUAGAAAAUGUGCUCACUCGUCAGGACACUGUUGUUCAGCGGCGCUAGCCAACAAUCACUUCAAACUGAAGCUGGAAAGACUGCAAACUAGCUGCACUUCGUUUCGUUUGACCUUUUUUCAAUUGACAUUUCUUUGUAUAUAUCCAUAAAAAUGAUUCAUGAUUUCGACUGGCUGAGAAAAGCUGCCUGCCUGUCUCUCGUCUCGACACGUUGAUUACUAUGGGACAGCUGGAGAUCGAAUUUGAAUAUUGAAACAAUGUUGCAAAUGUCAGAGAGACGGACAGCAAGGUUUAUACAAAUCUCGGCUGUUGAAAACUAAAUGUUUGUCUAAAAGAAAUGUGAGAUAAUGUCUAGAUGCUUUUUAUUGUGGAGAUCAAGUUUAUAAAUUGCUUGGCUGGGUUGAUGAGACAGUGGAUUGCGCAGUCAGAUGGAACAGAGUAAAUAGGCAUUUUAAAGUCAUAGAUUUAGCCGGUGGUAACUUGUGGAAUAGACACUGGCUGGAAUGCAGUUUUAACCAAUCAGGAUUAGACCCACCUGUUGUAUAAUAAAUGGAUAAAUAACUGGACUUGAAUGAUGUUCUCCUUUGUAGCACUUGUUCCGGGAGCCUGAGAAGAAGCCACCCACGGUGGUGUCCAACACCUUCACAGCCCUCGUCCUCUCGCCAUUCCUCCUGCUGCUUAUUCUGGUGAGACUCGCUUUACUUCUCAAAGUUUGGAAUAGUUUGAAGUUCAAUGGUAACCUUUAGAAAGUGUUCAAAUCUGCCUCUAUUCAGUCUGUUUUUUAUUUACUCAGGCUUUGAAUAAAGCCUUUGUACAUCCUGAAUGAGCCUUGGUUUUUGAUUUAACACAACACUUGUUUUCAUUUGAAAUUGCAGUAGCAAUGCUGUAUGACAUUUUAUGUAUUUUCUAUGACAUUUCUAGUUUUGAGUGAUGACAUUAUCCUUACUGUGAAAGGCUUGGAUCACUAUGUUGUGUGCUACCUGGACAAUCUAUUUUCAGACCCUUUGUACUGUUGUGGUCUUUGUACUGUUGUGGUAUAGUCUCUCCUUCUCUCCCCCUCUCUGUUCAGUGGUUCAAACUCGGGGCCAACAUCUCAAACUUCAGCCUCUCCCCCAGCGCUGUGCUCUUCCAUGUGGGCCAUGCAUGUGAGUACUGAGCAAUGAUGUAGUUCUGAGUCUAGGAUUACAAUGGAAACUACUGGCAUUGUCACUCCACAGAUACAGUGGCUUCAGAAAGUAUUUACACCCCUUGACCUUUUCCACAUUUUGUUGUUACAAUGUUUGAUUAAAAUUGAUAUAAUUGACAUUCUACAAAAACAAAAAAUACUCAGCAAUGUCAAAGUGAAAGGAAAAAUUCUAACACAAAAAUGUAUGAAUAAUAAAACACUAGUAUAACUUGAUUAGAUAAGUAUUCAUUCCCUGAGACGAUACAUGUUAGAAACACCUUUGGCAGCGAUUACAGCUGUGAGUCUUUUUGCGUAAGUCUCUGAUUUACACACCUGGAUUGUACAAUAUUUGCCCAUUUUAUUAUUUUUUAAAUUCUUCAAGAUCUGUCAAGUUGGUUUUUGAUCAUUGCUGGAAAGCCAUUUUCAUGUCUUGCCAUAGAUUUUCAAGUAGAUUUAAGUCAAAACUGUAACUAGGCCACUUGGGAACAUUCAAAUUCUUCUUGGUAAGCAACUCCAGUGUAGAUUUGGCCUUGUGUUUUAGGUUAUUGUCCUGCUGAAAGGUGAAUUUGUCUCCCAGUGUCUGUUGGAAAUAACGUUUUCCUCUAGGAUUUUAGCUGUGCUUAGCAGUAUUCUGUUUCUUUUAUCCCCCAAAAAACUCCAUAGUCCUUGCCAAUGACAAGCAUACCCAUAACAUGAUGCAGUUACCACCAUGCUUGAAAAUAUGAAGAGUGGUACUCAGUGAUGUGUUGUGUUGGAUUUGCCCCAAACAUAACGCUUUGUAUUCAGGACAAAAAGUUCAUUUCUUCGCACAAUGUUUUUGCAGUAUUACUUUAGUGCCUUGUUGCAAACAGGAUGCAUGUUUUGGAAUAUUUUUAUUCAGUACAGGCUUCCUUCUCUUCACUCUGUUAUUUAGGUUAGUAUUGUGGAGUAACUACAAUGUUGUUGUUGUUGUUCCAUCCUCAGUUUUCUCAUAUCACAAGCAUUGAACUCUGUUUUAAUUCACCAUUGGCCUCGUGGUGAAAUCCCUGAGCAGUUUCCUUCCUCUCUGGCAACUGAGUUAGGAAGGACGUCUGUAUUUUUGUAGUGACUGGGUGAAUUGCUACAUCAUCCAAAGCCUAAUUAAUAACUUCACCAUGCUCAAAGGGAUAUUCAGCUUCUGCUUUUCUUCUUCUGCUUUUUUUUUUUUUUUUUUUUUACAUCUACCAAUCGUUGCCCCUUUUUUGCGAGGCAUUGAAAAACCUCCCUGGUCUUUGUGGUUGAAUCUGUGCUUAAAAUUCACUACGCGAUUGAGGGACUUUACAAUUAUCUGUAUGUGGGGUACAGAGAUUGGGUAGUCAUUCAAAAAUCAUGUUAACCACUAUUAUUGAACAGAGAAUGAACAGAGAAUGAGUCUAUGCAACUUAUUAAGUGAUUUUUGUUAAGCACAUUUUUACUCCUGAACUUAUUUAGGCUUGCCAAAGGGUUGAAUAAUUGACUCAAGACAUUCAACUUUUAAUUGUUCAUUAUUUUUGAAAAUGUAUUACAAACAAUUCCACUUUCACAUUAUGGGGUAUUGUGACACAAAUUCUCAAUGUAAUAAAAAAAUAAUAAUCAGGCUGUAAAACAACAAUGUGGAAAAAGUCGAGGUGUGUGAAUACUUUCGGAAGGCACUGUAUCUCUUUUUCCGAGUUAAUCACCUUUACUCUGUGUUCUUGUUGUUUCAGGCAUGCUGGGUCUGAUGUACAUCUACUGGACUCACCUCAACAUGUUCCAGACCCUCAAGUACCUGGCCAUCAUCGGCAGUAUCACCUUCCUGGCUGGAAACCGCAUGCUGGCCCAGAAAGCAGUCAAGAGGUAUGGCUAGGGCGCUACACUGACCUUGUGUGAGCCCUAGGUUAGGUAUGGCUCCUGUUAGCGAUCGCAACACAGACUGUCAGAGUUUUUCUCUCUAGAGAGCUCUUGACCAUAGGGAGAAAGUUUGACCUCUUUUUAAAAUGACAAGGACUCUGGGGCUUUGGGACCUCUUGGUGGUUCUCAGAGAUGUGGCUGACUGCCGUUAACUCAGGGCCUACAGUGCCACGCUGCCCUCUCAGUGUGUGUCCCUGGGGCCCCCUGGCCGUGCCGGACUAGCAGAAGAGUGGAGCCUCCACUGUAGAGCGUAUGACCACUGGGACCAUGAGAGGGCCUGGCCAGAUUGAACUGUGUGAGCAAUUCCCAUCAUGCCUUCCACAUGUACAGCUCUCCAACGGCCAUAGAGACACAGCGGUAAUAAGUGUGUCACUGGCUGAAGACGUCAAGGUCUAAUUGGCCAGCUUUACUGUGGAAUUACUGCACCUUGUUCAUGCCAUAUCUGACCGGGUCCUUUCAACCAUUUGCUAGUCUAAUGAUCCUUCUGGUUGAUGUGGUGUCAGUGGAUUUAAUUUCACAAUUGAUGAAACUUGACUUGUUUCUGCUUGCCUGACUUGCUUUCCUUCUCUAGCUGCUGUCUCCUAUAGUGCUGGCCUGUCUCCUUAACUCUCCUGUGUACUCCUUGCUACAUUUCUCUUUUUCAGGAUUGCCGCAGAGCAAAGUAGUAGGUUGGCAAAGUAUAGGAGCCUGCGGUAAAGGCCUGUUUUCUAAUAACAAAGGGCCAGUCUUCCAGGCUGAAGUAAGGGCAUCCCUAUGGACUGCAUCCCAGUGUAUCCCCAUUGCCCUGUAUAAUGCAUGGCUGUGUGGUGCAGUCAGGGCUCACACUCUAUCUAGUGUUCUGGCCAGCAUCUUGCUCAUCCCACCACAAAAUCAUCUGCUCACCUUUUUACAGCUGGGACUAUAAACCCAAAAUUAUCCACACCGACCAUACCGAUCACUCAUCGCAGGUUGCUGCUAUCGUUCAUUACGAUAAGUAGCCGAUUACUAGAGAAAUGUGAAGUACGAAAUGAAAUGAGUUUGCUAAUAUGGGUGAUUUGUUAAUGGGACAAUUGAUGGCUACAACCAUCAAACUAGUAGUAGUUUUAAAUAAUAAUAUAAAAUAACUGGUGCAUAUUAAUGUUAUAAACGUAACGUUCUAUUUAUCAUUAUCGCGUCAAUUCAGGCAAUUUAUCGCGAUAUGGGAUUUUUGUCCAUAUCACCCAUCUCUAUCACCUUUUAACAUCCUGUCCAUGUCACCAUUUAUUCAUCUUCAUAUUGCUUGCCGUUGUACAUGGUUAUUCUCAGAUGCAACGUGUGAGAAUAACCCUAUGUCAUCCUGAUUGUUCUGCAGUUCAUGUUCUGUUGCGGAGAAAGUCCUGUACACUUCAUCUUUAUGCUGUAAAGAAAUGCAUGAAGAAGUUUUACACAUCAGAUGUGUUAAACAUGUAUCUAGGACUUGUCAUUCAGUUAACAGGCUUUAAAUUAGAUGAUUGUUUAAGGUCUUUGACUGUCAGGUAGUUGACGCAUACAACAAACAUUCUAAUAUAUGUAUUUUUUUCUCUUGCAGACUUGCAAGUAAAUGACAGAAGAUUGAAGAAGAUUUAAAGAUGCUUCGUUUUUGGUUUUCAAGGAUUCCUUUAUGGACACAUCAUCAACCAUCAGACUGUCAUCAAAGGCAUGUUAUUCUGUGAAUCCAAUGGACAAUUUGAAAUGCAGAUUGACUUUUUUAUUUUUCAACUUGAAAAUAAUGAAUGUUAUAAUCAAAGGUGUUGGUAGAGGGACAGGACAGAUGCUCACUGACACUACUCCUAUUGAGGGCUGGAAAGCUAACCAUCCUUGCACUUCAUUUUUCUGUGACUUUUUUGCAAAUGCCUUAUUUUUUUUUUCAUGGCAGGUUUGGGGAUAUAAUUUGUGGUUUCAUAAUGAAAUCGGGAUGGAUUUGUUUUUUUGUAAGUUCCUGUUUCUCUGUGCCCAUCUUACCACUGUUGCGUCAAAAUUUGCGUCAAGAAGUGAACCAUUUGAUUUUUUUAAGGCCUUUUUAUGUAAGUUUGACUGUGGGCUUCACUGACAUGUUCAUCAUAAAUCUGUAUUGUAUUUUUGUCUUCUCACUGAAUUACAUGUGGAGGGUGUGGAUCUAUUUUCCCCUUACAAUAAAGACCCAACCCUCUCUAGAACAAAAUAGUUGCUGGGCAAUUCUAGAAAAUCCUGUUUUUGUAAUGAAAUGAAGAAAGAAAUGGGGAUUAAUGAGUGUACUGCUUUUU